AAUGUUGGUCUUAAAGGUCUUUUUCCAAUUUACGAGUCUUUGUACCUCUAAUGUACCUCAGCAGGCUGAUAAUGUGUUUGCUGUGCCAUAAGCGUAACUGAUGCCUUAAGGUAAAAGAGGAUAACAGACCUCUGAAUCGUAUUUCUUGCCUCCCUUCAGCUAAAACAUUCCUGUUUGUAAUGCUGCAACUUUUGUUAAGGCAAACAAUGAAUGAGUCAUUGAUCUCUACCCACAAUAUUAUAAUACGUGUAAAGAGUGCUAGACAAGCAUUAUGCAUGGGCAGAUGGGUGCUGUAGGAAAAAGGGCUGUGUUUUUUCUUGCAUGUGUCAAAGGCUAAGUUUUAUUUUCUUGCACUGGGGGAGCUGGCACAGAUGAAGAGCCUUUUUCACUGGGAUCAAAAUUCUUCUUUAAUUGCUUCUGUGAUGAUCAUAAUGUUUCUGUUAACAGGCAUUCUUCAUAACUGCUGUGAAGCCUACAAUGUUGGGAUACUAGAAGCAAAAAUAUUUUCUGGUCCACCAAGAGAACAGUUCGGAUAUACAGUUCAACAGAUUAUAAAUGAACAAGGCAAAUGGUUGUUGGUUGGUUCACCCUGGAGUGGCUAUCCCUCUAACAGAACUGGGGAUAUCUAUGCAUGUCCUGUUGGUACGUCCAAAACCACAUGUAAAAAACUGAACUUACAAGCCCUAAUAAAUAUUCCAAAUGUGACUGAGAGAAAGGAAGUAAUGAACCUUGGGUUAACUCUGAUACAGAACUCAAAAACAGGAGGAUUUUUGACUUGUGGUCCUUUGUGGGCACAGCAGUGUGGAAGCCAAUACUAUGCAACAGGAGUCUGUUCUGAAAUCAAUCCAAGUUUCCAGCUCCUACGAAGCUUUACUCCUGCUAUUCAAAAGUGUUCCUCCCUUAUAGACAUCGUGGUGGUUUGUGAUGAGUCAAACAGCAUUUAUCCCUGGGAUGCAGUGCGGGCAUUUUUGAAAAAGUUUGUACAAGGCUUAGACAUAGGCCUUAACAAAACCCAGGUGGGUUUAAUUCAGUAUGCUAAUAAUCCCCGUGUAGUGUUCAACUUGAGUACAUAUGAAACAAAGGAUCAGGUUGUUAAAGCAAUGGCGAGAACGUAUCAGAAGGGAGGAGAUCUCACUAAUACUUUCAAAGCCAUUGACUAUGCAAGACAGCAUGCCUUCUCACCUGAAUCAGGAGGACGUCCAACAGCCACAAAAGUAAUGGUUGUUGUGACCGAUGGUGAAUCACAUGAUGGCUCCAACUUGAAAACAGUGAUAGGUAAAUGCAAUGAAGACAACAUAACCAGAUUUGGCAUUGCUGUUUUGGGAUACUUAAUCAGGCAUGAGCUUGAUACUAAAAACUUAAUUAAAGAAAUCAAAGGAAUUGCUAGUUAUCCAACAGACAAGUAUUUCUUUAAUGUGUCAUCUGAGGCUGCACUACUGGAAGAAGCAGGAACACUUGGAGAGCGCAUUUUUAGUAUAGAAGGUACAGAUCAAGGUGAUACAUUCCAAAUGGAAAUGUCACAGGUGGGCUUCAGUGCGUAUUACUCACAAAAACAGGAUGUUCUGCUGCUGGGUGCCGUUGGGGCCUAUGACUGGAGUGGAACAGUAGUACAGGAGUCUUCCGAGAUAGUCACCACCUUUCCAAGCCAUGUGUUUGAGAAGAUCCUACAGGACAGAAAUCAUAGUUCUUACCUAGGUUAUUCUGUUGCUGUUCUCUCAACUCAGAGCUCCGCCUAUUUUGUUGCUGGUGCUCCAAGAUCCAACUACACUGGCAGAAUAGUGAUUUAUGAUGUUGACAGUGAUGGUAAUAUCGCAAUUGUGCAGUCCCAGAGAGGCGAGCAGAUUGGCUCCUACUUUGGCAGUGUAGUGUGUUCAGUGGACGUUAACAGGGAUUCUGUGACAGAUGUACUGCUUGUGGGUGCACCAAUGUUUAUGAAUGACCUGAAGAAAGAGGAAGGGAGAGUAUACAUGUUUUCCAUCACAAAGGGAGUUUUGGAUCAGCAAGCACUCUUGGAAGGUCCACAGGGGUCAGAAAAUGCUCGCUUUGGAUCAGCAAUCACAACACUUGCAGAUAUUGAUUUGGAUGGCUUUAACGAUAUUGUAAUAGGCGCACCACUGGAAAACCAAAACUCUGGAGCAAUUUACAUUUACAAUGGAUUUCAAAAGACUAUACGUACCAAAUAUUCUCAGAAAAUUUUAGGAUCGGAUUCGGCUUUUGGACAACGGCUCCAAUUCUUCGGAAGAUCAGUAGAUGGCCAUAGAGACUUAGAUGACAAUGACAUUACUGACUUAUCAGUUGGUGCUGAUGGAAAUGUGAUUCUGCUAUGGUCACGAAGCAUUGCAAAUGUGUCCAUAAUUGCAUCAUUUAAACCUGAGAAAAUCAGUCUGCUGAACAAGAACACAGAAAUAACUGUCAAAAUAUGUUUUCAGGCUACAUUUAGACCUGCUAAGAGAAAUAAUCAAGUGGCUAUAAAGUACAAUGCAACACUGGAUGCAGAUCUCCAGUCCUCUAGAGUGUCUUCUAGAGGAUUGUUCAAAGAAAAUAAUGAAAGGUACAUGCAGAGAGACCUUGUGGUACGUCAUGAGACUUGUAUUCAUGACAUCUUCAAUGUACAGGAACCUUCUGAUGCAGUGAAUUCACUUAGUUUGCGCAUUGACAUUGGCCUUGCAAAUCCUGUGUCCAGCCCUGUGCUUGAUAUAUAUUCUCCUGCAUCUGUGGCCUACAGUAUUCCUUUUAUUAAAGACUGUGGUGAAGAUGAACUUUGUAUCUGUGAUCUUGUUCUGAAUGUUCAGCGGAAGGCAGACGAUGGCAAACAGCAGUUUGUUGUCAGCAGCAAAAACAGAAGGCUAACGUUCAGUGUAAAAUUGAGAAAUAAAAAGGAAAAUGCAUAUAACACCAGAAUCCAGGCUACAUUUUCAGACAACUUGUUUUUUGCUUCAUCGUCUUUACCGAAUGAUGGGACUGAAGUCUCGUGUCAGACAGGACCAGCACAAAGUACAGUCAUUUGCCAAAUAAGCUAUCCUGUUUUCAGAACAGGACAACAGGUAUCCUUUGAUGUUAGUUUUGAUUUUAACCUGAAAAAUCUUCAGAAUGUGGCAGUUCUAAGUUUUCAUGCAUUGAGUGAAAGUAAGGAAGAGCAAGAAGUGGACAACCGGAUUAGCUUAUCGAUUCCUUUGCGAUAUGAUGCAGAAAUUCACUUCACAAGGCUUGCCAACAUCAACUUUUAUGAAGUAUACUCUGGUCAUAACAUUCCUUCCACUGUGAAUAAUUUUGAAGAUAUUGGCCCCACGUUCAACUUCUCAGUUAAGGUAACAACAGGAAGUAUCCCCGUAAAGAUGGCAUCUAUAAAUAUCUAUCUUCCAGAAUUUACCAGCAAAGACAAUCCACUGAUGUACAUAACUGCAAUCAGCAUUGAUGAAGCCAGAGGUGUGACUUGUCAAGCUCAGAAAAAUCCACUGCAGAUAGGGAAAAGACCUUAUUCUGCCUCCUUCACAAAAGAGAACUUCAGAACUUCCAAAGAACUGAACUGUAAGAACGUGAAGUGCAGUACCAUCACAUGCAAACUGGAAGAUAUUAUGCUCAAGGGAGAGUACUUUGUGAACGUGUCCACCAGAAUCUGGAACGGAACAUUUGCUGCUUUAACUUUCCAGACAUUACAACUCUCUGCAGAGGCAACAAUCAAUACAUAUAACCCUGACUUAUUUGUAAUUGGAGAGAAUACUCUAACUAUCCCAGUUACAAUAAUGAAGCCAGAUGAGAAAGCUGAGAUACCAGUUGGUGUUGUUAUUGGCAGUAUAUUGGCUGGACUCCUUCUUCUGUUAGCAUUGGUUGCCGUUUUGUGGAAACUUGGCUUCUUCAAGAGACAGUAUGAGAAAAUGACACAGGAUAUAGAAGAUGUUGAUGAAAUUACAGAACUAACAAAGGACAAAGACUGAAGAUGAGUUACAUGGAUAAAGAGAUCUGAGCCACCAACAUUGUGAUCCAGUUGGUUCUUCAGCUGGAGUGCCUUAAAGCUUAGUAACAUUUAAACAUUUUUAAUGAAAAGUGUCUUUUUAUAGAUGAAAAUAUUUUACAAAUUCUACUCUAUUAUAAGAGUAACUGCAGGACAGUUUGUUGGUUGUUUUUUGGUUUGGUUUUUUUUUUCUCUUUCUUCCCCCAGAAUGAUUUAUAGUGCCUUUUCUUGGAAAUUUUUGCCUUUUAAACAAACUUAGCCCUUAGAACUGGCAGGUCCGGACUUUACAGUAACAUAUUGUGCCAGCACUCCUUCUCCUGAUCCACUGCAGAGUGAAACAGGGCAAUUUAUUUCAGAUUAUUGUGGAAUGGCAUCAGUUCGUAAUUCAGUUGACAAGUACCAUAUGUGUAAAGGACAUUUUCUAUUAAGUUGAUGAUGAAUGUGUGGUGAAUACUGCUUCCAGACUGGGAGAAGAAAAGUCAUUUUUUUCAUUGACUAGCUCCAUCCUUAUUGUCUUAGAGAAAUAAUUUGCACCAGCAACCCUUUGUUUUAACUAAUCUAUAAAGUGGGAACUGCAUAUGGAGAUGCCUGUCUGGGUGCUAGAGGACAACUGGAUGGGCAAACUCUUCCAAAAGUUCAUCAUAUUCCUUGCACUAAGGUCACAACUACAUUACUGAAGUAUAUUGUCUGGGGGAAAUACUGCCAAAUAGUAUGUAUAGCUGCCUUCUGCAUACUUUCUGAGAAAAAAAAAAAUAUGAAUUUCAUAAUCACAGCAUGUUUUCUGAAUGUUGUGAUUGGUUUUCAGACUUAAGCUUGAGAAGCACUACCACUACUGUUACACUGGGCUUUAAGCUCACAGUCCCUCUGACGUGAGUUUGGUUAGGUAUACAUAAAUAGGGAAGACAGUCAAGAUCUUGCAUCUCAAUUCUGUAAUGAAAGAUUCUGCAGGACUUGACUUAAAGCAUGGAGUGAAUUAAAGGGGAUGAUCACUGAGGAUGUGCAUUAGGACGGGGGAUAUUGAAGAUCUAAGCUCUGUAAAUUGUUUACUGCACUUGUUUCUUUAGCAUCUCAGUGCCCUCCAGGAGACCAAAGUUCAGCAUAACCAUCUUACCUGUCACAUUUUAUUUGGUCCCUCAUGUUCAUGCCAUGAUAAAGUUAACUUAUGUUUUGUACAUUAAAGUACUGUAGUGCUCUGGAAGGAGCUCUGAACACAACACUUGGGUGACUGUGUUGGCUACACACCUCAAGUUUAUCAGGUG